UAUAGUGUUGAUCAACGAUUGUCAACGAAGUAGUAUUAUUGUUAUGAAAUUGUAAUAAUUUUUCUCAAUGCUCCGUUUAUUAACAAAAACCCGCCUUAUAAGGCCAAGCAGCAUAAGGUUUGCCAGCUAUUCCAACUCACGUGGUGUCCAACCGGCGUCAGGAGCCCCCAAAUCUGCUGAUGAUGAUCUACAACAACAAAUAAGCAAUGAGCCCAUCAAAUUUUUCGGUAGCCAGGCAGCCACUUGGCGUGCUCGGGACACACGCAGCGGCGGCAGCGAUGAAUCUCUAUGGUAUCAACCGUAUGUCAUCUCCGCCAGUUUGGCCAUUUUCAUGUUCUAUUUUUGCUAUCUGCGUGAGGAGAGCGAUAUAGAUCAACGUUUGGAUGGCAAUCUCUAUGAUCAUGUCAGUGGCUUGGAGGAGGUGCAACUAACGGUUAAUUACAGAUACAACAAAGAACAUGGCUUGGAUACCAAAGAGCAGGAGAAGCGUCUAAUCGAAUUGGGUGUAAAUAUAAAAGAAUUGGAUGCCAAAUUGGCAGCUCAAUAGCACAAUAGGUUUUUCAAAAGAAGUUAAUUAAAUGGGAUGUAUUUAAACUAAA